AAUUUGAAGUGCUUGAUCAAUAUGAAGCGAAUUGUCAUAGUAGCCUUAUUGGUGGCACUGUGUUCUGCCACAAGCCCUACACUACCCAUUGUACACCCUCUACACUGCAAUGAAACACUGGUACAAACAGAAUUGGCAAUAGACCUCAUUAAUAAGGAACGGGAUGAGGGCUUUGUGUUCAGACCGCUCCGAAUUGAAUCUGUUUUUAUGCAGGAGUCAGGGAAACUACCUGGAGGUAUCAUCUAUUACUUGGAUCUGGAUGUGCUUGAAACAGACUGCUCUGUCGUGAGUAGGAAAUCAUGGAAAGAGUGUCAAAAUGAUAUUCCAUUGCAUGAAACUGUGUUUGGUCACUGUAAAGCUAUUAUUUUCAUAGCCAAACCAUGGAGAAUUCUGAAACUCAUGAAUUACAACUGCACCCUUAGUACAGUUCCUCCUAGAUCAGUUGUUCAAAUGUGUCCAGACUGCCCUACUCUAAUCAAAGAUAUUACUCCAAAUAUUAAAGCAAAGGCUGAUCUCCUAAUAGAACAGCAUAAUAAAGACAGCAACCAUACACAUUAUUUCAAAGUGGAUAAGAUCGAAAGAGUGAGAACUCAGUAUGUGUUUGGACAAUCUUAUUUCUUCCUCUUCACCAUAAAGGAAUCUGAGUGCUUGAAAACACAAGCUAAUGUUAAUCUUGCUGACUGCAAGUUUCUUAAAGACCACGAAGCAGAGGUUGGUUUCUGCACUGGUUCUUCUUACAACACACCUGCAGACAAAGAGGCAUACCAAGUGACCUGUGAAAUCUACCCCCCACUGGAUGAUGAUGAUGACAAUCAUGGUCAAAGACAAUGUCACCAUGGACCAGACAGCUCACAAGAUGCCCCAGGGGCAGAUGCGGAAGAAGUAAAACAGGAAGGAGCUGGAGAGGCAGGGCAGGACAAAAAUGCACCUGGCAAACAUGAGCAUCACAAGCAUGGACAUCACCCACACCGCAGGGGUCACAAACAUCAUCAUUGCCGUCAUCAUGAUCAUCCUCCUCACCAUCACCACCAUCACCACCAUCAUGGUAACCAAAACGAUAGUCACCCUCAUCAUCAUGGCCAUCACCAUCAUCAUCAUCAUCACAAUCAUACCUCUGAUGACAGUUCAUCUGAAGAAAAUUCUGAUAACAAAUCACACAAGCCUUUUGAGAAAAGCUCAAAAGGAUCAGUUCAGUUUUAUGAUCUACCUGAUGAGCAAAGCAAAGUGCCAGUUCCAACCAUUGUCCGCCUACCACCUCCUCCAGAACACCCUGGAAAAUAUGGAAAGCAUGGAAAACAUGGGAAGUUUGGAAAGCAUGGAACACCUGAUACUAUUGAAUUUCCAAGUGAGCAUUCAACAUUGAAUACAUGUCCUGGUGUACCGCUGGUAGAUGUACAAGACAAAAUUAAAAAUCAUAUUUUUUAACUUAGAGCAAAAAGGUGUCUACAGGAAUACAAUAUCAGACAUGCAUUGUAA